GUCGCAGGCGUCCGUGAUGGUGGGCGUCCUCGGCGGUGCUAGUGGUGGUGCAGGUGGUGGUGGAGGCGUGGGCGUGGGUGUUGGUGUGGGCGUGGCUGGUGAUGUUAUCGGUGGGGGCGAGGGUGAGGACUUGCGACGGGCGGCGGCUCAGGGUAACACCAAGAAACUCCUGACGCUUCUUGAGGAAGGCGCCGCCGUCAACCUUACCGAUGAGUGCGGGAGGACAGCGCUUCACUGGGCGUGUACUCGUCGCCAGCCCAACUCCGUGGCCGCCCUCCUGCUCAACGGUGCCAAGGUCAACCUGUCUGAUAGUGUAAGUAAGUUUCUGGACGAGGAGUUUCUUGAGCUGGAGGUCCU